UUGCGGGAAAUUUGGAGGUUGUCCUGAAAUAAAAGUCCGAAUUAUCUAAAGAAAUGUCUGAAAGUUACCCGAAAUCGAAACUAAAAAGGAAGAAGUCUUCAGUCGAAGGGUUGCCACAAAAUUCAUCUUGCAGUGGAACGUCGAAGGAGAGCUGCACAGACACGACAGAACAGAGUGAUGGGUCACUGGUUCUUGCAGCUGAUUGGUGGAACAGAGAGCCGUUGCCUGCAGUGGAGUCUUUGUGGGCAUUGACAGUGAAGUCAGCUCUGCCAUACCUAGAUAGUCAGAGUUGGGAUCCUGUUCCUGAUCUUCCAGAGCCACCUCCCUCAGAACCUGCAGUGCAAACAUUAAAUGAAGAGUGGUUUGACCUCAGCAACGAGGUUCCUCCUUUCCCAGAAUUUGCUGUACCCUUUUCACCAUCUCCUGGACCAACACCAUGUACAGGUCCUCUUGGUCUAAACUUCUGCCAUCAAGAAAUCCCGGUACAGAAGAAGUCGGUAUCAGUCAACCUGGAAAGAGAAGUGUCCUCUCAUAGUGGGCAAAUGUCUGAUUUCAACAAUCAGCCAUUACAGGUUCCCGUCAAAAACUGUCCACAGUCUCUCUCCAGCUGGGUUGAAGAAGCAUCAAUGCUGGAGCCCUCAAGAGGACGAGAAGAAGAGAAAGGAGAGAAAGAGGGGAGCAGGCAGACAACUCUGGUUCAUAGACCACAUCUGCAUAACCAGAGAAAGGCCUCUGACAACCCAGUUCUCCUGGAGGAGGAACGUGACAUUGAAGGGUUGGAGAAGGUCCAUAGCAAUGGAAGCCCUGAAGAAGGAGGUCUUCAGCGCUGCCCAAUGUGCCUCCUUGUGUUCCCUGUUGGGUUCAGCCAGAUGGAGUGUGACGGCCACCUGGCCCAGUGUCUAUCAGAGAUGAACGUGGACAUGACCUGGUGAGGUGACAGAACGCUGGCCGUCGUCCAGGCUACAUGAGCAGGUGUUCCACGCCCUCACUGAUCGUAAAACACACAGUCAGAGACGCCCAGAGGACCCGUCUGUGGACUGAGACAAGGUUUCAGGAGAACCAGACAGUUAUUUCGGUCAGGGCGACUCUGAGUUGUAUCAGAUGGAUAUUUUCAGGAGAUGACGAUGAGUCUGCUGUGACCCACAGGUGUGGAUGCACCCACUUAACCCAGGUCCAUUUUUGAUUGCCUUUACCACACCACAAGGGGGCGGGGCAUGGGGCUUAUAAAACCACCUGCCAUGAUUUAAAUUAAAUAGCUCAAACACAAAAAUACGUUUUACACGUGUCAUAUAUUCAAAAACAAUUCCACAUCAUUGACUUGGAGCAGAUCUGUCUUCAGGCCAUCCUCAAAAAAUUUGACAAGUGAGGGAAGCCACCAACAUGACAAUGACCAGUCUGAAUGAGUUCAAGCUGCAGUGGUUGUGAUUGGACAGACUUAACACAGCAACAAUUGGCACUCGCUUCAACAGUUUCAUGUUGUACAAACCUAUUACUAGUUAAGAGUUUCUUAUUACACGUUUUACCUUCGGACACAACUGAUAUUUAUGAACCCCUUAAACUUGGAGCGGCCGCGAUGGAUGAGCUGCCAUUAUUUCUGAACAACAUGGCACAAUAUUAACGUCUGAAUAAUUCACUUUAACAAAAUAAAAAAAAAAGAGCUCAAGUGACAUAUGAUUUGGAUUUUAAAAAAUAACAACUAAUGCACAACUGGGCUAAAGUGCUGCUUUCAUGUUUCUAAAUGAUGUCACUUGUUGGCUUUAAAAUUUAAAAGCCUAAACUGUAAUUUGCAGUGGAUUUGACUGACAAGUUGGUGGAACUGUCAGCUUUUGUUUUGCCAUGGCAACAGGCACAUGGUCCUGUAUGUGUUACAUGGCGGGUCUCACUGUGGGACAAACAGCUGUACAGAACCUCUGUGUUUUUAACACAGACCUUGCUAAUGCUCGGUCUGUACUGUCAACACCUCAGUCUGAUACAGAUCUCGCACUCAGAAUACUAAAGGAUUAUUAACUUAGUUAUUUUACGUCACAAAAAUUAAUCCAACCAGCUGAUUUAUUGUUCCAGAAAUGACCAUUUUGGAAAAUGUAUGUCUUGAAAUAAAGAACUGUGUUCAUCUUAAUAUUUUAGGAGACAAGUGAGAGAAGCCACCAAGACACCUAUGGUAACUUAGAAAGUAUUAUAGGUUGCUGUGGCUGAUUGGACAAACUGUGUACAGUGAAAACCUUUUGCCGGACCGACCCCACAGUACCAUACUGUUUGUAUUUCUAAAUGACUGAUGGAAAUAAAGUCCAACACUUUCAGAGACUUGGAAAUGUUUGUGUCCAUCUCCUGGCUUGACUAAAGAAAACUGUUUAAAAGUGAUUUGUGUGUAUUUUGUCCAUUUCUGUAGGGCUCUGAGAAUGAAAAAUGUGUGUGUGUGUGUUUUUUAUUGAACCCUUUACAUUAAAAUUGAAA